ACAGCACAACAAAGAUCUGGAGUUUCGGCGCAUUGUCGAUCAGGUGAGACGAUGAUGGAGUGUGGUUAUAUCAAGCGAUAGGCGGCCGAAACAUGUCGUGGCUCUUCUACCACAUUCAGGCCGCCUACUCCAAUUACUACCUAUAGCACGCGACACACUCUGCAUACCUCGGUCCCACAAACCUGGCUUGGUAUUGGCAGUCGACAGCGACGAUGGAACCCUUUCUGCAUCAAUCGGCUGGGGAGAAGUCUGCACAAACUCGUAUGGUGAACGGGCAUUCUCCACAUGCAGCGCCGCCUGCUACAAGCGCUCUUGACCAGGUUGAGCGCAAAAGGACAGCGCAGUCUAUACAGGCCUCCAUGAACGCGCACAGGGAGCCCAUAAGCAUGGAUCGAUUACAUCUGGACGACGAGAGCGAUCCACCACAUAUGAACGGGUCGCAAGAGCACUCGGCCGAGCAGUAUGAACAGGUAGAGGACGGGGACAUCGAAGACUUGGACGUAAAGGUGGCUGCCAGAGAUGCUCGAGACGAAGCCUUGGUUACGCCUGCCGCCAUCUCGCGCGCUGCAUCGCCGUUUACCGCUCAUCCGCCUGUUGACUUUGACGGCCUGUCCUGGCCAUCCGCUGGCACGCUUGCUCGACUGCAGGAACGUAACAAUCCUGAAGAAGCGCAGGCGCGGCUCAAGAAGUUGUCCGGUGCGGUACGGACUAUUCUCGAGUGCAUUGGCGAAGACCCGGAUCGAGAAGGUUUGCAUGGCACCCCGGAAAGGUACGCAAAAGCCAUGAUGUUCUUCACGAGAGGCUACGAAGAGAACCUCCGCGACAUCGUGAACGGCGCAGUGUUUCAUGAGGAUCAUGAUGAGCUAGUGAUCGUGAAGGACAUCGAAGUGUACAGUCUUUGCGAGCACCAUUUAGUGCCUUUCACCGGCAAGAUGCAUAUUGGCUACAUCCCAGCCCGCCGAGUCAUAGGCUUGUCAAAGCUGGCACGUAUAGCGGACAUGUUCAGCCGGCGACUCCAGGUACAGGAGCGUCUUACCAAGCAAGUCGCACUCGCACUCUCCGAGGUGCUGAAGCCGCAGGGUGUCGGCGUGGUGAUGGAGAGCAGCCAUUUGUGCAUGGUGAUGCGAGGGGUGGAGAAGCAUGGCGCGACGACCACGACGAGUUGCAUGCUGGGUGCGAUGCGGAAGCGGGCAAAAACGAGGGAAGAGUUUCUGAGUCUGUUGAAUAGGAGAUGAUUGGUAUCGGCGUUCUGGUGAAGAUGGCGUUUAUUGAAUCCACGGGCGGCCGCUUCAACAGGCCUUGGUGGUGACGGUGCGUUACUGCGCGAUUGCGGGAUGCUCAACACGAACAGUGCACCGAAGCAGAUACGCGAAUACACUUACAUGCAGCGCUCUUGGAACCGUUGUAUUUGCUGAUAUGAGUGUGGCUUCCUUUUCUGCUCCUUCCUCAUGACUGGCCGCUCCUUCCCAACACAGUGCAUUCACGACCCUUGCCACCAGCCACAACCGAUCCACG